CACUGUCAUUCGAUCAGCUGUUGCUCGUUUGUUUGGUCGAUGAUGGGGCGCCGUUCGUUUGAAGAAGCGCACGGAAUCGACCGCCACUGAUCGCCGCUGCUAUGGCGCGUGCGGAAGCGAAAGCGGAUGGUGCUUCGGCGGCCUCGAUGGCAAGCGGGGUGUGCGGACGCAUGACGUCCGAGUGCGGUGUGCUGGGCGUGUACCUGUCGUCUUGGGACCACGUGAUGGGACCGCAGCUGGUGUUCCGGUGGCGCAUGCAGUGUCCCGGCGCAGUCAGCGGCGUCAGCGGUCCCGAGUCGGCCGACUGCGGCCCGCACUUCCUCAAGUGCCACCAGUUUCUCGAGAACCCCGAAGGCUUCCUGGCUCGGGGAGAGGCGCCGCAGCAGGCGUCACGGCGCGAGGAGGAGUAUGAUGUGCACGCCGCCAGCGUACUGCAGCUGUUGCACGGGGGCCUGGAACGGCGUGGUACGAGGUCGUGCCUGCUGCUGCUCCCGGACAAGCGGGCCGCGCUGCACGCAGUCACCUUUGACCUUUCGGCUGGGGCACCCGUGUGUCUGGCUGCACUGUUCCCAAUGCGGGCGCUGGCCGACCUCUGGCUCCUGCUGCCCCUCACCGACUUGAACCUGGCACGAGUGGCGCUGGUCUGCCAGGCGCCCGGGCGCGAGCUCAUGAAGAACCUGAGCAGUGCAACCUCGCUGCUGCACCGCUACUUCCAGCUGGCCUCAUCCCUGCUCUCCACCAGGACACUCGACCGAAGGGCAUCGGUGAAUGCGCUGAGCCGAGGUGAUCGUCUACCAGAGGAGCUGAUUCGCCGGGCCCUCCAGUCACACCUGCAGACACGGCGAUGCUCCAUUGUUAUCGGCGACAGCGCUGCUCAGGUGGAGCCGGCCCUGAAUGCUCUGCGAGGUCUCCUGGACCACGAGGAACUGUUCUGCUCCCUGUGGGGUGACACUCUUGAGCCCUGUUACUUGCCGGGUCUUCAACUGCAGGGACUGGUUCGGGGGUCAACCGGGAGCCCUCUUUCGGCCCGCGAGCUCAUCUGGUCUCCACACCCGUCCACGGUGGUGGACAUGGCACAGGGACGCGUCUGGCAAUGCCCACUACACGUUGGAUACCAAGGUCCCCUGACGCGCAAGCUGAAGGCCGCGCGCACUCCGUCGGCGGAGUCGCACGUGUCGCAGUUUGUGCAGCAGCUGGGACGAGCCCCCACCACCGCCGCAGCCGAGCAGAUGCUGCAGGCCUUCCAGAGGCACCUGCGCGUUAAGGCGGCCGCUCUCAUCCAGUGCGCCGCCCGCUCCAGGCGAGCCCUGUCCACGAAGUACCUGCAGUCGGUGCUGGCCGUACCGUACCUGUCCGAUUUCUUGGUGAUCCUGGCCGAAGCCGAGAAACUACGACCGGGCCUGUCUCGCUACGUUCUACCGCAGACCUGACCCUCGCUCGUAGCGCAUUGAAUAAAAGAACUCUUUCGGCUCGAUCGAGCCUUUUUU